GGAAUGCUAUGGCAACAGGCCACGCCUCCACUUACUGGUUGGCUUUGCGCAGGCGCCAACGGAAGUGGGUCGCAGGAAGAGGAAGUCCCGCCUCUCUCUCCUCAGGCAGCAGCAACGCGGAGGAAACGGGAGUGAACGGAGAGCGUAGUGACCAUCAUGAGCCUCCUCAACAAGCCCAAGAGCGAGAUGACCCCAGAGGAGCUGCAGAAGCGAGAGGAGGAGGAAUUUAACACCGGUCCACUCUCUGUGCUCACACAGUCAGUCAAGAACAAUACCCAAGUGCUCAUCAACUGCCGCAACAAUAAGAAACUCCUGGGCCGCGUGAAGGCCUUCGAUAGGCACUGCAACAUGGUGCUAGAGAACGUGAAGGAGAUGUGGACUGAGGUACCCAAGAGCGGCAAGGGCAAGAAGAAGUCCAAGCCAGUCAACAAAGACCGCUACAUCUCCAAGAUGUUCCUGCGUGGGGACUCGGUCAUCGUGGUCCUGCGGAACCCGCUCAUCGCCGGCAAGUAGGGGCCGCCUGUCUGUUGACAGAACUCACUCCUCUGUCCUAUGAAGACCGCUGCCAUUGGUGUUGAGAAUAAUAAAGCUCUGUGUUUUUUUCUA